AGGAUUUCUCGCAAUAUUCGGAAGAAAACCUCCUCGAUGACUGCUCGUCAGAAGAAAUCUGACAACAUUGUGGUUUCUCCUAAAGUUGGAAUUAUCACUCGCGGCAGAAUGUCAAACGUAAAUGAUAUGGCUUCCUUGGAAACAAAUCACACUACGGUUCCAAGAGGACAUUGUGUGACACCUACCUUCGAAAUAACCGUGCAGUCGGACGAGGGGCUUAAUCUUUCUGUGGAUCUAAAUUCCACUCCAUCAGAGUACACUAAAAUAUAUUCACAACAACUUGGGGAUGUUUCUAGAGAGGCUCAACUUGAAGCUCCAACAGAAAAUGCAGAGGUAGAAGAUAUGGCUGUGGAAGACAAUAUAGGUUGUGGUGACAUGUUACCACCAGUUUCUAGAGGGGCAGAAUUUAAAGCCCAGGUAGAAAAUGAAGAGAGGGAAGAAGUUUUGAUGGAAGAAGAAAUAGGUUGUGCUGACAAGUUGAUAGUUACUGAAGGGACCCAACUUACACUUAGCAGGGACAAACAUGAAUCCCCUGUGAAAACUGAACUAGUGGCUCAAGAAGUAGUAAUGGAAGAAGAUAUAGGUUGCGAUGAUAAUUUGCCAGGUUCAAACCAAGUGCUGAUCUCACAUGCCAAUCAAGAUGCUGGCUUUACAAAUCAUUCCCUUGACGAGGUCUUGAACCACACAAGCUCAACGCUACCAUCUAUUGGUUCGGCACCACGUGUUGAUGUUGAAAUGAAGGAUGGUGCAUUGGAACGCCAAAUCAUGGGAGCGCCUAAGUCAGGUGGCGUGGCUGAGAAUAGCAAUGAUCAGAUUCGUGAUUCCGUGGUAGAGAUUAAGAAAAUACGGGAUUCUAUUCUUCGUAAGGAAUUCACACUUCAAGAUGGAAGUGCUCAAUGUGAUAUGGACAUUCAUAAAAUUAAGAUGGACAUUCAGAAAAUUAAGACUGAAAAGAAGAUGACAAAAGAAGUGUUGUCAACAAUGAAGAAAUAUAAGGAACCUAGCUCAAAUAUAAUGAAAGUUGCCAAUCUAACUUUCUCUGGCGAUGAUGGGAAAACCAAGAGCACUAAGAGAAUGGAAUUGAAAUUUAAGGAGGCACUCGCACAACGCGAUAAAUGCAUGGAGCUUAAUGAUAUCUGCUGUGAUUGCGAUUGGAUGGCCCCUAGAUACACAGUACUACCUUCACUAGCAGAUGGAAUGCACGUCGGCGAAGUGCGUUUGAAAUGCCCUGAUUUUGAGAUGAGCAUCACUAGCGAUCCUUGUCCAACCCCACAUGAUGCGAGGUGCUCUGCAGCUGCCAAUAUGAUAUUGGAGCUUGGCAAGAAGGUGGAGGACAAAGAACAUCAUGCUAACUGAUGCAAAGUUGCUAGCUGGGAACUAGCAGGCGCCGGGGCCAAUAUUACCAAAGAGUGAAAUAAAUCAACUUAGCUAUUUGUUGUUGUGAUGUAUGAACGACUUAAUGAUUUGUGUUGUGCAGUUUGUACUGUAUUGCAUUGUGGCACAUGUGUGCCAACCAUGU